AUAAUGUUUUUUUAUUUUUUUAUUUCUACAAUAUUGCCUCGAUUGCACUACGGCGCGGGCACAGACGUCAGUUGAAGCUGAGGUUGUUCUCCUCUUUUACCUCCCUCUCUCUUUGACUUAACAAAAAAAAAAUUUUAAAAAAUAAAAAACAUUCUUCGUGGCCACGGCCGGUUUUCUACAUGUUUCAGCGUCUUACACGAUGUUCUGACGGAGAACAAUUUAUCUGGAUAUAUUUUUCUGUUGACGUUUCAUAAAGAUCUUUUUUUUUUCAUUUUUCCGUGUGUGUUUGUGAAUUUUUGUAUUAUUUAUUAUACUAUUUUAUUUAUUUAUUGAUAUUAUUAUUAUUUUGAUUUUUUUUUGUUAGCUAUGUUUGGAUAUUCAAUGUCAUUUUAUGUUAAAUGGUGUUUUCUAUGUGGUGCAUUUUGAAAAAAAAAAAAAUACCAAGAUCUUGUUGGCGUAUUUUUUUAGCUUUUUUUUUCAUUUGAAGAUAAAUAAUAUAUUUAAAAAAUAAAAGGAUGCAUAUACUUGAUGGUAAGAAAAGGCCACAAGCUAACCAUGACCGUAGCUGAUAAGAAAAUCACCCUGCACAUGAAAUAAUAAAUUAAUUUUAAAUUGAAAAUAUCGAAUCAGUGUGGCUAUUAAAGAAGAAAAAAAGUAGUUGAAAAAAAAAGGUGUUUUUCCGUAUAAUUUAAAAACACUUGAUAAAGUAUCUUAAGACUAUUUAAUAUAUUAAUUUUUUUUAUCAGUGAUAAUACUGUGUGCAUAUAAAAAGAAGAAAGGAAAAAAAAAUUUAAUUCAUUUGCAUUCCUCAAAUUGAUCAUGCAUAUGAAGAUGUAAAAAAAUACACUCACGUAUUUUAUUAUAUAAAAUUUUUCAUACUACAUUAAAUUUUGGGUUUUCUGAUUGAAAAAAAAAAUUACAAUUUGACAUUCUUUGUACUUAUAUCAAUCAUAAAAAUACAUAAUUUAAAAAUGUGUAUUAUUUAUUUAUUUAAAAAAUAAAUAAAUGCAGUGAAAUGAUAUAUUUUCAUGAGUAAAUUAUUAAAAAUAAAUAAAAAAUAAAAACAUGUGACCAAAUAACGAAGAAAGGUGAGGGAAGGAUGAAGAAUGCCCCGAAUUGUUGGCGAAGGGGGUGGUGGUGUAGAAGAAAAUUCGAAGACAAAAGAAGGUCUUGGAAAAUGGCUGGGUGGUGCAGCUCGUGCCAUGACUGGAAAUGUCUCAAGUGGAUAUGUUGUUCUAGGUGGUACCAGAUAUGGAAUUCGUCUGUCACAGGAGAGCUUAUCACAACCAAACCAGCAGGAAAAUUUACUGGAAAAUCAACAGAAGAAAAAAAACGAAUCUCAAGAACGUUUGACAGAAAAAAAUACUGGAAAAAUAACAAUGGAAAAAUCAACAGCAGAUUUGUCAACGAGUGUGACAGAUUGUUGCUGCAUUGGUCCACGAACCAAGCUCCCAGUGUCAAAAAUACCACUGUCUUCAAUUAUUAGUGCAAGUGGAGAUGGGGGUGUUGGUGGUAGUAGUAGUAGUAGUAGUGGUAAUGGUAAUAGUGGUGGUGGUAAUGGUGGUGGUAGUUGUAAUAGUAGUAAUAAUAAUAGUAGUAGUAUUAGUAGUAGUAGUAAAGUCAAUAAUAUCGGCAACAGUGUUGCUAGUGAAGGUGGAGAAAGACAGUCAACAUCAUCUCCCACUACAAAAAUUGUUGGUCUUGGUACAACGCAAUCAUCAUCACCACUACUUCCACCGCCAAAUUUAAAUGCUAAUAAUAACUGCGGGGGGCUGAAAAUGAAGAGCCACACAACCCAGCCACAAUCAUCGUCGUCGUCCACUACCACCACUGGUAACAUCGUCUUUACCGCUUCAAAUAUUGCUCCGAUUGUUCAUAAUACUGUCUCUGUGCCACGACAAAUUGCUCAGUGGACAAAACAUCAGACACUAAAACUGCAGGAACCAGCAAUAACAGCGGUGGACAGGUUACAUAGAUUUCGAUGGAGCGGGGGCGGUGGAGGAAGUGGAAAAAAAUCCUCUUCCGGCCCCCGCAGUGAAAAAGCUGAGCGUCUUCGUGAACUUACAGAGAAGCUCAAAGGACCAGCACCAGUACCACCCCCAAGAAGACCAUCACGUGUUCAAAUAUCACCACUACCAUCACCACAACCUCAAUCACAAUCACAACCACCACCACCACCACUUAUACCACCUCCACCACCACCACCACCUUUACCACCUUCCCUACCAACAUCAUCAUCAUCUACAUCAUCCUCAUCUUCAUCAUCAUCAUCAUCUUCGUCACCGCCACCACCACCGCCACCAUCGUCAGCAUUAGUUGGACAUCAUAAUCAUGAUCACCAUCAUCAUCAUCAUCAUCAUCAUCCACAGCAGGCACAUUGUUGCAGUCAAGCAUGCGGUCGUUGUGACAAUGGAAGAUCUUCAUCACGCAGUUAUACAUACAGUGAAGGCUCAACAAAUAAUAUUAUUAAUAAUCCAAAGACAUUAUUAAGAAGUGAAAGUGUUGGUGAUGAGUGUUGUCAUAAUAAUAGUAAUAAUAAUAAUAAACAAGUGUUAAAUAAUAAUAAUAAUAAUAAUAAUGAUAAAAAAUUAUUAUCAAAAAAAACAACAAAAUCAAAUUAUAAUAUUAAUAAUAAUGAAAGAAAUAGUUGUGGUGAUAUUGAUGAUAAAUUAAAUACUGGUGAUUGUUACAGUGAACCAAAACACUAUCGACAAUACAGUGAUUCAUUAAUUGAUAGUAAAAAAUAUGAUAAUAAUAUUUAUGAUAUUAAAAAUACAAAAAAUAAUAAUAAUGCAUCAGGUGGUAGUAGUGAGAGUGAAGCAAGAGAUGCACUUAUGCGAUUAGAACCACGUGGAUCAUUGUUAAAUUUUCAAAAAAUUGGUGUACCAUUUAGAAGUGCAUCAUUUGGACAAGUGGAUUUUAAUCAAGAUAAUCGUCAUCGAACACAGCCAAUAUCAAGUACAAUUCAAAUGGAGUCAAAAGAUGUGAGAGCAUCAACACUACCAAGAAGACGUGGUAAUUCAAGUCCAGUUAUAACAUCACCAACAAAUAGUCCUUGUCAUCAAAGUCCCGGUGCAUCAACACCAAGUGUUGACAGUGCUGUUGGUUCAGCUGAGGGUCUUGGUGUUAAUCAGACAAUAAAUAUUGAAGAACAUCGACCAAGAAGUGAUGGUUCAGAUAGUUUAGCAACAUCAAGUGCACUUACAAGCCCAGAGCCACCAGUUCCAGAUAGCCAAGAUAUUCGUAUUGAUAUUAUUCAACAAAAUUCAAACACUACAAAUGAACAACAAAUUGUCAGUGAAAUAAUUAAUCAAGAAUCUAAUAAUGAAAAAAUUGAUCAUAAAGAAAGUCGUAUUGAACCUCAUGAGGUUAUAAUAACACCACCACCAGAAGAACCGCGAUUGAGUCAGGCAAGUGAAGCAAGUGAAGCACCAAGUGAAACACCAUCAUCAGAAACAUCAUCACCUUCGGGAAAAAUAAGAAGAUAUCGUGGUGAUACAAGUAAAAGAAGAAAAGGUGUUUAUAUAACACAAUGGCCAGAACCAUCAGAAAAUGAUAGAAAUAAAUUAUCAGCACAAAGUAGUGAAGAAAAAGAAGAUCCUCCAACAACAUUGAGUGAUGUUUCUGACUGUGAAGGUCAUGCACCAAGAAGAUACAGCAAACGACCACUUAGAGGACCAUAUGGACAAAUGCUUGAGGCUGAAAUGGCAAAACCAAGAGCAACUGAUAUUGCAUUGGAAGAAACUCUUCGACCAAGAAGAAAAAUAUCAGCUAAUUUAUCAUACAGUCCAAGUGUUAAUAGUAAUUCUGAACCACCAACACCUUGUCAUCAUCGUACAACUUCAAGUCCAAGUAAACUUGAAGGUCUACCUGGACCAAGCCCAGAAUUACUUGCUGAACUUUUACGAGGAUCAUCUGAAAGAUCAGCUAGAGCACCAGUACAUCGUAAUGAUACAAGGACACAUGUGGUUGUUGAACUGUAUGAUACUGAAAAAUCAUAUGUUGAGGCCCUGCAGAUACUAGUCAAUAAAUAUUUACAUACAUUAAAAAGUUCAGAGAAUGUUGGACUCGUUGAUGCAGCAACAGUUGAUGAAAUUUUCUACCAGGUUCCGUCAAUCCUCAGCCAUCAUGAGGUAUUUCUUGAAGAGCUACGAAAACGUUUAGAAACAUGGGAACUUCAUCAAACAAUUGGUGAUGUUUUUCUCGACGUGUUUACAAAACCAGUUGUUCUUGAGGCAUAUACAUUAUUUCUCGAUAAUUGGAAAACAGCUAAAAAAUCAAUAAAAACAACAUGUCAAACAAAACCGGCAUUUGCCAGAUUUCUUGAAACAAUGGAACGUGAACACAAAGGAAAACUUGGACUUGAUCAAUUAUUAAUAAAACCAGUACAAAAAAUUCCACGUUAUGAAUUACUUAUUCAACGAUUGCUAAAACAUACUGAUAAAACACAUCCAGAUCAUGAAUUAUUAACAGCUGCACAAAAAGAAGUACAUGAACUUGUUGUUAAAAUUAAUUGUACUGAAAGAGAAUCACUUGAAUGGGAACAACAACAAACUACAUUGAGAGAAGUACAAUCACUUGUUGAGGGUCUUGCUGGUAUUGUUACCAAUGACAGAGCCUUUGUACGACAUGAUCUUGUCACAAUUGCUUCGAAUCAAGGCACACGAAAAGAGAGGGCUCUCUUUCUUUUUUCUGAUCUUCUUGUCAUAACAAGUAUUAAACGUAGAAGUGGCACGAUAAGAAAACCAUCAACGAGCUCUUGUCCAAAUAGUUUGGUUGGUCUUCUUGAAGCAAACAAGUACAAACUUCUCAUGAGAAUACCUCUAGAUGAUCUUGAAGUUAUGAAAGCCAAAGAUGAAAAUUUAAGAAGAAUGGCACGUGAAGUUGAUUAUUUGAGAGAGGAUUGUUCAACACUUGGUCAACUUCAAGAACUUGCUGGUACAUUGCAUGGAACAAAAAAUCAACUUGAAGAUCUUAUUAAGGAAUUAUUGACACAAACACAACGUCAAUUGGCUGAAAGAAAUGCAGCAAAUUCACAGCUUGCAUGUUUAGAAUUAACACUAAAUACUCAAUCUGGAAUUGAAAAUAUCUCAGUAAUGUUUACAAAACCUGAUAAACGUGCAAGUUGGGAAGAAAGUUUUAAUGAUGCUAAACAAAAAUUGGCAUUAUCAGCUGAUAGAAGACCAAGUCCUGAAUUUUUAGGACCAUUACCAAUUCGUAAAACACGAGCUGGUUUACAAUUUACAUGUGCAGCACCAACAUUAACAAAUGGUCAAGGUUCACGUGAUGUUUGGGUUUGUAACAGUGAUGGAUAUGUUGGUCAAGUAUGUGUACUAAGUUUAACACCAGAACCAGCACAAGUUACAUCAUGCAAUGGUGUUUGUAAUGCAAGAAUUUUAUGUGUUGCGGCAAUUCCUGUAUCUCCAUCAUGUUCAAAUAUAUCUGCGACAAAUAAUAAUAACGCAUUUACUGUUAGUAAAAGUGGUAUCAGUAUUUCAGUUCAAGAUACUGAUGAAAAUUCUGGAAAUAUUCAGUUGGACAGUAGCUCAAGUUCUGAUGAUUCAGAUUCUGAUGACAUUCCUUGUGCUGAUACAGCAGGUGGUUCAUUGUGUGGUGAUUUAUCAAAUAUAGAUGGCACAAUUGAAGAAGAUAUUAAUCAACCAACAAUGUGGCUUGGUACUGAAGAUGGUUGUAUUCAUGUUUACAAUUGCAAUGAUAAUAUAAGAAUUAAAAAAAAUAAAGUUAAAAUACAACAUGGUAGCAGUGUUAAUUCAAUCAUAUAUUUAGAGAGCAAAGUUUUUGUUUCAUUGGCAAAUGGUGAUAUUGUUGUUUACACACGAGAUAACUGUGGAUGGAAUACAUUGGAUCCAUCAAUAAUUUCAGUUGGUACAAAUGCAACACCAGUUACAAAAAUGUUACCAAUUGGAGGAAAAUUAUGGUGUAGUUGUCAUAACACUGUUAAAAUAUUAAAUACAAUAACACUUGAAAUUGAACAUACAAUGAAUGUCAGUGGUGAUAAUGCACGUCCAGUAUCUUGUAUGACAGCAUCAGGUGGUCUUGGUGUUUGGGUAUCAUUACAUAAUAGUGCUGUAUUAAAACUUUUUCAUGUAAAUACUUAUGAGUGUCUUACUGAAAUAAGUAUUGCUCCUGCGGUGACAAAAAUACUUGCCAGUUGUGAUGAUAUAAUACGUCAACAUAAAGCAGCAUGUCUUCGUGUAACUGCUCUUUUAGCAUGUAAUGAUCUUUUGUGGAUUGGUACAAGUGCUGGUGUUUUAUUGACUGUUCCAGUUCCCCAUAUAAAACCAUCAACUCAAAGGCUAUCACAAGCACCACCAGUUACUGGUAUUCCUCAUGGUCAUACUGGUCAUGUACGUUUUUUAACUUGUGUAGAAAUUCCAUCAACAUCAAAACCAGAACAACGACCAAAACCAAAUCGUUAUACAUUAAAAAAUAAUAAAACACAACAAACUGAUGUUAAUCGUACAAAAUUAUUGGUAAUAUCUGGUGGUGAUGGUUAUGAAGAUUUUCGUCAAGCAUCAGCUGAACUUCAAGCUGGUCGUGAAGAUUCAACAAAUCAUUUAUUAUUAUGGAAAGUAUGAUGUUAUUAUUGUGUAUCUCGAUAAUGAUACAGUGAUCAAAUGAAUUUUGUAUGACACAUCAAUUCGUUGAUGAAUCAGAACGACAAUUUUAGAGAUAUUGCUUCUCCAAAAUCUUCUGGAAAAUAGAAGAUGAAAGUUCAAGGGACAUUGAUGUACCUGGCAUCAAUGUGCAUGCCACUGUAUAAUUUUUAAUUUUUAAAUAAUUUAUGGCAAAAUGAAAAAAAUCAAUGCCAAGAUUGUUUAUAUUUUCUAUAAAAAUUUUUUCUUUUUGUAAGAGUCAUGUUUGUUUGAAGACAAAAAAAUUCAUAGUAAGUAUUUACGAAAAAAUUAAAAGUAUAAAUUUCAUAAGUAAUAGAAAACAAAUAUUAAUUGUUUUUUUUUUUUUUUUCGUAACUGGUGUUUGAAAUUAAUUAUCAUUUAAAAUAAUAAAAAAAUAAUUUUAUUUAAUUAUGUUACAUGAUGAUGUAUGUAUGUGUAUGAAAUUGAUGAUCAAUUAAUUGGUCUAUUAAUUAUGUCUGAAAAAAAAAGUCAAUUAAUAAAAGAAAAAAAUUAUUUUCAUUAUUAAUUAGUAAAAUAAAUUCAAAAUUAAUUGAAUUUUGUAACUAAUAAAAUUUAAAAAAAUUAAAUUUUAAUAAUAUUAAAAAUUUAGAUUAUUUUUCAUGCAAAAGUUGAUAAAAUAAAAAAAUUCAGACUCGGAAUAGAUCAUUUUUUAAAACUUAUCUAAUGUAAAGAUAAAAAAAUUAGAGUUAAAAAUUUUUGAGUGUAAGGAUAAUUUGAAAUUAAUGAUUAAUAUUUCGAAAUAGCUAGCUAAUAUUUUUCAGCACACAAAUAUAGAUAUAUUUAUUAUAUUAUAUAAUUUUAUAUAUAUAUUAAAAUUGUUAUUUACAAUUAGUAUAUUUAAUGAAAAUAUUUCUUAAUAAUUAUUACAAAUAAAACAUUACAUACAACUUGAAUUAUAUUAUUAAAUUAAAUAAUUAUAAACAAAAAAAAAAAAAAAAAAGUAUUAUUGAUCAUAUUAUUUUGUUAAACACAUUAUGAUUAUUAUUUUUUUCUCCUUGACUAGAUAAACAUAUUAUUUUUCACAAGAAUAUAUGAUCAGUUUUAUCCUCUACAUGAAUCCUAAUAGAAAUUUUUAAUUUUUAAUUUUAUAAAUAAUUAAAUUAUUAAUAAAUAUCUAUUUUAUAAUUACAAAUUAUUUCUUUUUUCUUUUUUUCCAAUUGGAAAAAAAAAAUGACUUGUUUACAUCAAUUGUAAUUAUGAAAAAAUAAAUGUACAUAUUUAUCAGUCAUAUAAAAAAUUAAAAUACAUAAAUAUACAAUGCAAUGAUUUACAAA